AUGGUUCGUAAGCUUAAGCAUCAUGAGCAGAAGCUGCUGAAGAAGGUGGACUUCCACGAGUGGAAGCAGGACCAGGGCCACCGCGACACGCAGGUGAUGCGCACCUACUACAUCCAAAACCGGGAGGAUUACCACAAAUACAACCGUCUGUGCGGUGAUGUACGCCGGCUGGCGCAUAAGCUUUCGUUGCUGGCGGCGACAGAUCCGUUUCGCAUUAAGCAUGAGCAGCUCCUGCUGGAGAAACUGUACCACAUGGGCAUCCUGGCGACAAAGUCCAAGAUCAGCAGUCUCGAGAACAAGGUGACGGUGUCUGCGAUCUGCCGCCGACGGCUGCCAGUCAUAAUGCAUCGGCUGAAGAUGGCGGAGACGCUUCAAGAUGCAGUCAAGUUUAUUGAGCAGGGGCAUGUGCGGGUCGGGCCCAAUCUGAUCACGGACCCAGCCUACCUUGUGACCAGGAACAUGGAGGACUAUGUCACCUGGACCGACUCAUCCAAGAUCAAGAAGACGGUGCUCCGCUACCGUAACCAGCUGGAUGACUUCAACGACGCGUAA